AUGCACUCCUGGAUUUUUAUCUUCAGGCUCUUGCAAAUCCCCAAAUUUGUCUCUGCGAUUACUUAUAAUAUCAGUAGAUGUUAUUACAUAAUCCCUGAAGAAUUUCACUAUGAAGGAGAUGUUGUGGUUGGUGCAUUUUUCCCUCUUCAUACUUUCCACACUGAAAAGAAAAUGCCAAAUCCAACUGUACCAUAUGAAUAUUUGGACUAUCAAAUACAGUAUAACUUUAAGAACUACCAGUAUAUUCUUGCUCUGCAAUUUGCAAUUGAGGAGAUCAAUGGGAACCCCAAUUUGUUACCCAACAUAUCUCUUGGAUUUGAUUUCUACAAUAUCAGAUUCACUGAGAAGUACACUCUUGAUAAUGCUUUUAUUUGGCUCACAGCUCUUGUGCAUAGAAAGUAUUUUCCUAAUUACAANUGUAAAAAGAGAAAUUUCACUGCAGCACUCACAGGAACAUCAUGGAUAACAUCUGCACAAAUAGGGACUUUGCUUCAACUCUUUAAAUUUCCACAGAUUACCUUUGGACCUUAUGAUCCUUUAUUAAGUGACCGGAUUCAGUAUCCUUCUCUCUACCAGAUGGCCCCUAAGGACUCAUCUCUUUCACUUGCCAUUGCUUCAAUGUUGGCUCAUUUUAGAUGGUCAUGGGUUGGCCUCAUACUCCCUGAUGACCACAAAGGAAAUAAGAUUGUAUCAGAUUUUAGGGAGGAGAUGGAGAGAAAAGGCAUCUGCCUAGCUUUUGUAAAGAUGAUCCCAGCCACAUGGACUUCACAUUUUGCUAAAUUCUGGGAACAUAUGGAUGAGACAAAUGUAACAAUUGUUUAUGGUGAUGUUGAUUCACUAGAAGGUGUAAUGAGGAAUAUUGAACAAAGGUUAUUGACAAGGAAUGUCUGGAUCCUGAACAUUGAACAUCAUGUUAUUGACAGAGCUGACUAUUUCAUGUUAGACUCAUUCCAUGGAAGCCUAAUUAUUAAGCACAAAUAUAGAGAGAAUUUUGAAUUUACCAAAUUUAUUCAAACAGUUAAUCCCAAUAAAUACCCUGAAGACAUUUAUCUUCCUAAGCUGUGGUAUUUGUUUUUCAAGUGCUCAUUCGCUGACAUUAAUUGUCAUGUUUUAGACAACUGUCAAACCAAUGCUUCUUUGGAUGUAUUCCCUCGUGACAUAUUUGAUGUGGCCAUGAAUGCAGAGAGCACAAGUAUUUACAAUGGUGUUUAUGCCUUGGCUCAUGGUCUCCAUGAGAUGACACUUCAGCAACUUCAAAUGCAACCAUAUGAAAAUGGAGAAGGGAUGGUGUUUUUUCCAUGGCAGCUUAACAGUUUCCUGAAAGAUAUUGAAGUGAAAGACAAAAAGAGUUUAGUUUGGAGCCACACAAUAGACACUGAGUAUGACAUUCUUAACCUUUGGAAUUUACCAAAGGGCCUUGGAUUAAAAGUGAAAAUAGGAUCUUUUUCUGCAAAUGNUCCCCAGGGUCAACAGUUGUCUUUAUCUGAACAGAUGAUACAAUGGCCAGAAAUAUUUUCAGAGAUCCCCCAGUCGGUGUGCAGUGAGAAUUGUAAGCCUGGGUUCAGGAAAGUAACCCUGGAGGGCAAGGCCGUCUGCUGCUACAAGUGCACUCCUUGUGGAGACAAUGAGAUUUCUAAUGAGACAGACGUAUACCAGUGUGUGAAGUGUCCAGAGAGUCAUUAUGCAAAUACAGAAAAGAACAACUGCUUCAAAAAAUCUGUGACCUUUCUGGCCUAUGAAGACCCCUUGGGGAUGGCACUAGCCAGCAUAGCUUUGUGUUUAUCUGCACUCACUGCCAUUGUUAUUGGCAUCUUUGUGAAACACAGAGACACUCCUAUUGUAAAGGCCAAUAAUCGUGCUCUCAGUUACAUUUUGCUCAUCACACUCAAAUUCUGUUUCCUGUGUUCUUUGAACUUCAUUGGUCAGCCCCUGCUUGUGGACGUUGUCUACCAUAGCACUAAAGGGAAGGUCAUGGUAGCUAUGGAAGUAUUCUCUAUCUUGGCUUCCACCACAGCACUCCUUGCCUUCAUAUUUGGUCCCAAAUGUUACAUUAUUUUGUUGAGACCAGAAAAGAAUUCAUUUACUCAUAUCANGAAGAAAACACACUCUAGAAGGAAGAAUUUCCCUAAAAUAUAG